AGCCAUUUUGUAAGAAAAUCAAGCAAGUGCGCCGCCCUGUCUUCUCCUCAGACCUGCAGUUUGUUUCUUGUGCAAUGGACGGCCGCCUAGACGCUGACUUGUACCCCCUGGGAUCCGGCUACGUCCCUGAAAUCGAGAGUGUCCAUGACAUAUCAGUUGGCACAAAGAGGGGAUCCGACGAACUCUUUUCUUCCUGCAUAUCCAACGGACCCUAUAUCAUGAACGCAGCCAAUGGCAACGACAGCAAAAAAUUCAAAGGUGACGUCCGCAGCCCCGGUGUUCCGUCACGUGUGGUCCACGUACGCAAGCUUCCCAAUGACAUCAACGAGGCUGAGGUUAUUGGGCUGGGAUUGCCAUUUGGGAAGGUCACCAAUCUCCUGAUGCUGAAAGGGAAGAACCAGGCGUUCUUGGAACUGAACAGUGAAGAGUGUGCACAGACGAUGGUGAGCUACUACUCCUCUGUCACCCCCGUCAUCAGAAACCACCCCAUCUACAUGCAAUACUCCACCCAUAAGGAGCUCAAGACGGACAACUCUCCCAACCAAGUGCGUGCGCAGGCAGCUCUGCAGGCAGUCAAUGCUCUGCACGGUGGUGGGAUGGGAGGCAUGGCCAUCGCCACAGAUGCAGCAGCCAUGGGAGGAGCAGGGGGUCAAAGCCCUGUUCUCCGAGUCAUAGUGGAAAACCUCUUCUACCCCGUCACGCUGGAUGUCCUACACCAGAUUUUCUCCAAGUUCGGAACAGUGCUGAAGAUCAUCACCUUCACUAAGAACAACCAGUUCCAGGCUCUGAUCCAGUACGCCGAUGGCAUGACAGCUCAGCAUUCUAAACUGUCUCUGGAUGGACAGAACAUCUACAACGCCUGCUGUACCUUGAGAAUUAGCUUCUCCAAGCUGACCAGCCUCAAUGUCAAGUACAACAACGAUAAGAGCAGGGACUACACUCGACCAGACCUCCCAACUGCAGAUUCACAGCAAUCUCUUGAUCACCAGACCAUGGCUGCCGCUGCAUUUGCUGCUCCAGGAUUAAUCUCGGCCUCUCCUUAUGGUGGAGCUCAUGCCUUCCCCCCGGGGGCCUUUGCCAUCCAACAAGGUCAGUUUCCAGGUCUGUCCAUGCCUGGAAUGCCUGGUGCCCUGGCGUCCCUGGGUAUGAGCCAUGGUGGCAUGGCAGCCGCCGCUGCAGCCGCCAGCAGGCUCGGCCUAUCAGGCCUCACGGCCACUGGGGGACACAAUGUCAUGCUGGUCAGCAACCUGAACCCUGAGAGCGUUACGCCACACUGCCUCUUUAUUCUUUUCGGUGUGUAUGGCGACGUGAUGAGGGUGAAGAUCCUGUUCAAUAAAAAGGAGAAUGCUCUGAUCCAGAUGUCUGAUGGCACACAGGCCCAGCUAGCUAUGAGCCACCUGAACGGCCAGCGGCUGCACGGCCGGGCCAUGCGUGUGACGCUGUCCAAGCACACCACAGUGCAGCUGCCCAGAGAGGGCCACGAGGAGCAGGGCCUUACGAAGGACUACAGCAACUCACCGCUGCAUCGCUUCAAGAAGCCUGGCUCCAAAAAUUACUCCAACAUCUUCCCACCCUCUGCAACACUCCACCUCUCCAACAUACCGCCUUCAGUGGUGGAGGAUGACCUCAGGAGACUGUUCGCCAGCUCAGGAGCCACAGUCAAAGCAUUCAAGUUCUUUCAAAAAGACCGCAAAAUGGCCCUGAUCCAGAUGGGCUCCGUCGAGGAGGCAAUCGAGUGCCUCAUCGAGUUCCACAACCACGAUCUUGGAGAGAACCAUCACCUUCGAGUGUCCUUCUCCAAAUCCACCAUCUGAGUGCCUUCCCUUCCUCCCUCCAAAUCUGCUGCCACUUGAACGCUACUUCUCACAAGUUCGCCUUCAGUGGAAACAGCAACCACAACACAUCUGUGGCUGUGUUUCUGUGUAGAGCGUUGCUCCCGAGACCACAAUUCUUAGUCAUUCCACAUCGUUAAUAGGUUUGGGCAUCAGAUUUGAUCAUGUCUGCUUAUUGAUUCCAGUUCUUAUUCCCAAUUCCAAUUAUAAAUAUACAAAAAAAACAAGAGAGUUCAGAGCAGAUCCCUGGUGCCCAAACCUAUCAAUCGAGUUGUUCCACCAAUAAGUUCUAAGUGAGAUCCUAUGAAACGGAGCAACAUUCUCCAUCGAAACAUUGAAAGUAUAUCGGGAGGUGAAGUCGAGGAAGCUGAUGAACUGUCGCGUUAGGUCACAUCGCUUAAAAUCAGAGAGAGAAGACCCUCCACCGCAGAUUAUGUGGAUGAAUCGGAUCAGACACACUUCAGCAUUCCUUCUACCAUAGUUGUGUCGAUGUAUCUGUGUGUGUGUGCCUUUUUGAAAUGCCACUUUGAACCUGUUCGGCCAGUCGGUGAUGGGUUGAGACGAGGAUUUUGUUUUUGGCUCACAGACCCAACAACUCAUUUCCCAGUUUUACGUUUUGUUUUUAUCUUCUCGUAACCUCCCACAUCAUUUCCUUUUUGGGGGAGCCGUACCACUAUCUGAAGUUGUCCUAAUAAGAGUAACAUUGGUCUUGUGCCUUACUUUGCCCCAACCAGAUUGCCUUAAGCAUUGCUCUGGCUUCAUUUCGAAAUCAUGUGGUUCUCAAAUUGCCUUUUUUCCCUCCUCCAUGCCUAUUUGGUGUGUACCAGCAUUUGUAAAAUUGGGGAAAGUGGCUUAUUCAUUCUAUUUCUUCUUAUGUAAGGAUUUGUAUGCAUAUAGCCUCAUCAUAUAUAUAUAUAUAUAUAUGUAGAAACUAUGAAUGUAUGUCAGUUAGAUGCCUAAUAUCCUUGCUAGGUGAUGUAGCUCUAUUAGGUGUAUUGGGGCAGGAGUGCAGCGGUAUUCAGGCUUCCUGUCCUGCAGUCCCCCAUUCACCUCCAUGCAGUCCUCUGCAGGGCCGUGGGGGGGUGGCCGUGGGCCUCAUUUAACCAUAUUAUGUUCAUUUGUAUGUGGACUCGUAUAUAUUUCAUUUAUCUUUCUUUUUAAAUGUUAGCAUUUACAUGUAUAUCACUUCUAAGCUUAACUGGUAACCUACAUGUAAGUGGCUGGGUUUGAUCAUUAUCACAGUGCCUUGACUGCUUGGGUCUUAAAUCAGAGGCUGAAACACUUAGUGGCCUGGUCGGUUGAGUUUGUCGUAUACCUCUAAUUCAACUGUGUGAUCUCACCUGUCUGCAUAGAUGCCUUUAUCCCAUUAUAUUCAGGUAGCCGUACCUGUGAGAGGGCAGCUGGGAGGCAUUUUUCAAUUGAUAGCAACAGCGGUCUUGGACUGUGUCUACAAACCCAGUGUAUUUCUCUUAAAUUCAGGAUUAACAGGAUUACAGGGUGAGCCAACCCUCACCCAGCCCCUGUCUGUGUCCACCUACGCCACAGUCAGGUUCUCUAGUGCACUUUUCCUCAAUGAUAGGUCCAAGUUGGCACCGUCACGCUGAAGUCUUAAAACGUCACAUUCCUGCGUGCCUCAAGCACCAGACAUCACAGCCUGGACCACUAGUCUCGGACCAGAUACAGACACGCUCUGUCUCUAUUUUUGUAAAAGAUUGUUAUGCAUGAUUUAACAAAGCUUCAUGUAGCUGCAAACGGUUAUUGCUGUUAAGGACCAAAGUAUCUUCUAUCCCUGCUGUUUUUGUAGUGUUGUGAUUUCUUAAAGGGUUUUUGUCACAUUCCUGCUAUUCCACAAAAAAAAAAAAAAACAAGGCUUUGAUUUUCCUUGUUUCUGUUCCUCAGAACAGCUUGGACGAACAUCACAGAGCUAAAUGAGUUUUGGGUAACAACGUAUACUGUACCCCUUUUGUUUGAUUGACUUUACAAAGAAUCUAAUUUGGCUAGCACUCGCUUUAGAAGGGAUCUUUAAUUGAUCCCCAGUCCUAGCUGUGAUGUUGACAGUGUAGAUUAUAUGCCUUUCAGUUUCUGUUUAAAGCUUUUAUUUUUCUCUCCUUUUUUUUAUAUGGGGGCGGGAUGGGGUUAUUGUAUGAAAGCGGGAUUGAUGGUUGUAUAUAUUCGUGUUUUUGUACCACAAAAUCAUUUGGAUUAUAUCCUCUUUACGUUCAAAACAUGUAUAUUUUGAUAAGACAAUACAGACCUAUUGAGCUCUCCGGAGCUGUAAAAACCACAAAAAAACUUUUGUAACACAGACAUUAAACCUAUCUGAACACACAGAAGUGUCUCUGUAUGUGCCCCGCUCCCCUCCCCCCCACCACCCCUCGCAAUUCUGUUCUUGUCUCUUGCAUCUUCUGCUGCCUUCAAUAAAUCUUUAGUUUGUUCCCUCUUUCA